AUGGAUAGGAAAACCCCGACGGCCCUCCUCGCCAAGCGACUGCAUUCCAUCCACUCUCCCUUUCCAGCGGAGCAUCCUUCCAUCCCCAUCCACUCUCCCUUUCCGAGGAGCAUCCAUCCAUCCUCAUCCAGUUCCCUUUCCGAGGAGCAUCCAUCCAUCCCCAUCCACUCUCCCUUUCCAAGGAGCAUCCAUCCAUCCUCAUUCAGUUCCCUUCCGAGCCGGCGGAUCCUGGCUCAGCCGCUGCCUGCCGUUCGCGUGCGACCUCCAUUGUGUUCUGGUGUGCCUGUUUUGAAUGGGAUCGCUUGUCCGGGUGAAUUGUUGGCUAUCAUGGGAGCGAGUGGUGCCGGGAAAACGACAUUGCUGAACGUGAUGACGUCCAGGAACUUGGGGAAGCUGAACGUCUCGGGAAAACUCAUGGUGAAUGGGAAGACCAUCAAGAGGAGCGCGCUGGCGGGCAUGUCCGCCUACGUCCAACAGGAAGAUCUCUUCAUCGGCACCCUCACAGCCCUGCUGAGAAUGGACAAAGAAAUCACCCUUCAGCAGCGAAUUGAUCGCGUGGAAGAAGUCAUCUUGGAUUUGGGAUUGAGUAAAUGUUCGGACACGAUCAUCGGCGUUCCCGGUCGGAUUCGAGGUAUCUCAGGUGGAGAGAGGAAACGUCUCUCCAUCGCCUCUGAGGUACUGACGGACCCACCGUUGCUCUUCUGCGACGAGCCGACCUCAGGCCUGGACUCAUUCAUGGCCCAGCAAGUUGUGGCCUUGAUGAAAUCCCUAGCCGUUAAGGGGAAGACCGUCAUCUCGACCAUCCAUCAGCCCUCAUCCGAAGUCUAUAGCUUGUUCGACCGGAUUCUUUUCAUGGCCGAAGGGAGAAUUGCGUUCAUGGGAAAAGCUGAUUUCGCCAUUUCCUUCUUUCAGGGGGUGGGUUACGAAUGUCCGCCUAACUAUAACCCGGGAGACUUCUUCAUCAAAACACUCGCUGUCGUCCCGGGAGAGGAGGAUGAAUGUCGACGACGGGUGGCCCGGAUCUGCGACGCGUUCAGAGACUCAGAAGAAGGGAGGGCGAUGGAGAAGGAAGUGGAGCUGCAACGGGUCGAUGGAACCUGGAAUGACCCGGGAGAGUUCAAGAGGAAUGUGAGGUCCAAGGGAUCCUGGUUCGCCCAGUUUCGCACCAUCCUCGCUCGUUCCUGGACUGCCAACCUUCGAGAGCCCUUGCACAUCAAACUUCGGAUCUUACAGACAGUGGCAGUGGCCGUGAUGCUGGGGAUUUUAUACCUGAGGCAAGAUCUCACGGCCGAAGGGGUCAUGAACAUCAACGGCGCGCUCUUCCUCUUCCUUAUGAUUUCCACCUACCAGAAUUUCUUGCCUGUGAUCUACGUGUUUUGCGAAGACCUGCCUAUCUUCCUACGGGAGCAGCGGAGUGGACUGUACCGAGCAGACGCCUAUUACCUUGGGAAGACGACGGCCGAGCUGCCGUUCUUCGUCGUCUUCCCGGCCGCGUUCACGGCGAUCGCGUAUUAUUUGAUCGGGCUCGACCCGGAGCGGUUCCUCGUCUGCUUGCUCGUCAUGGUGGCAGUCGCGAAUGUGUGCUGCUCCUUCGGUUACAUGAUGUCGUGCAUCGCCUCUUCCGUGGAAAUGGUUUUGGCCUUGGCUCCGUCCAUCAUGAUGCCGAUCAUGAUGCUCAGCGGCUUUUUCCUCAACAAUGACUCGGUCCCCUCGUACUUAAUAUGGGUGAAGUACAUCUCGUGGUUCUACUACGGGAACGAGAUCCUCAUGAUCAACCAAUGGAAAGGCGUGGAAAAGAUCGAGUGCGGGGAAUCCUUCGCGUGUCCUCGAAAUGGAGACGAAGUCAUUGCCUCCCUUAACUUCGACAAGGAUAAUGAACUGCGGGACUGGCUGAUGCUGUUGGUCCUGAUGAUGGCGUUUCGGAUCAUCGGCGUUCUGGUCCUCCACAUCAGGGCCUCUCGACGGAAGUGAGAUCAAAAGGCCACUUUUCGCAAAAUCCGUUAAAGAAUUGCAGAGGAGUCUCUGGAGAGCGUGAUGGCGAAUGUCGCGUUCCUCGCCUGCUUUGGGUUUUUUUUUUGUCGAGGUCUUCCGAGGACGGGCGGGACGAGUGCAUAUUCAUAUU